UUAUAAUUAUUUAAUAUUCAUUUUUUUAAUUCCUAAAUGUUCACGUGAGCUUCUACAAACCCCUUUGAUAAUGUUGUAGAUAUUUGUUAUAUAAUUUUAAAGUCAUAAAUUCUAAUAUAAGAUGAAUUUAAAGUUGUUCUGUCUCCACCAGCAUGAUAUGUUAGUUUCUCCAUAUUUCAGAUGUCAAGUAUACAUGAACUAGAGAACCUGGAGAGAGAGAUGAGCCGGGUUCUCGUCUCAGAUGAGAAGUAUUGGAGGGAGAAUGAUGCCAAGUUCAGAGCUGUGGCACAAAAUGUAACUUACGAACAGUUUGAGGAUAUUGUGAAAACAUCGCAUUUAAAAAGUUUGGAUAAGAAAGACAAGUCUCCUAAUCCUAAAAGUAAACCUAGUAUAUGGAACUCUAUCUCUCUUGCCGGAAAGAAGUCCAGCGCCGAAACAGUAAACACAGCCUUGCAAGAGAAACCCGGACACCUUGUUAAAUCAUCGGUAAAAAAUAUUGACGAGUUCUACUCACUCUGGAGAUAUCUGGAGAUAGAAGAACGGAUAGAUUUUAUCUCAGAGCUAGGAGAGGAUAACGUAGGACGGAUAUUUCAGACAGAGAUUCCUCCAGAACUAUUGGGAGAGAUGCUCCACUCCUUCCUUGCCUUCCGUCCUACAACUCAAGAUAUAGCCGCCAUUGUUAAAACUUUAAGUGCCGUGACAAAUUCAAGACGAUUUAGCUUAAGCGUUCAAUUCCUUUCUUCCAUAGACCGUAGCGCUGGAAGUCAGCUGAUAGAGAAACUGCUAAGCUGCUUAUCUGACCGUCAGCAGGACCUAGCUGACCUUGGGGUCACCGAGUACACUAUACAUGCUGCUGCUGAGAAGCUGAAUAUAUCAACUAAGUACACGGAGAAUGGUCCGGUCUGUAAAUAAAGAGAAUACAUUUUUAUAUUUAAGAAACCAACCUGGUAACUCAAUGGAAGGCUGAAAUCUCUAAGCUUAAAAAACCUCCCCACCCCUUAAAAUAAAAUUUUGUAAGUUUGCUUAAAAUCCUUGUUGCGUAUUUAGUAAUGUUAUUUUUUAUUCUAUGUUCCUUUCAGUUUAUUUUUUACCCACGACCCAGCUAACAUCUGGGGAAAGUUACUAAAUACUAGAUAAUAAGCAGUUUGGACCAUUUAUGCAAACAAGAUAUGUUCACCUGCUAGUCUUUAACACUAAUUAUUUUCUCAGUUGCCUUGAAUUAACAAAUAACAUGUAUACAUUUAUUACCAUCGAUCUUUGUCUUCAGGGGUGUAUAUUUUUUUUCUCCUCCCCCCUCCCCCCUGCUUUGAAAAGAUAUAAAUGCUUGCGCCAGAUAAUUCUGAAAAAUUUACACUCCUGGAUUUUUAUAAAGUUUUGUUCGUUUUAACUUUUAAGUAUUUUAUUGUGAUUAAAAUCUAUCUUGUGAUAAAGUCCUUGUAU